AAUUUUAAUUCUUCUCAUGAAAAAAAUAUUAAAAAUGGGAAAUUGUAAUACAACAACACAAGAUGAUAAAAAUCAAAGUGAUGUUAAUUUCCAAAUUCAAAGACAAAUUGAUAUUGAUAGAAGAAAUAAUGAAUCCACAAUUAAAUUACUUUUACUUGGUGCAGGGGAAAGUGGAAAGAGUACAGUAUUAAAACAAUUAAAAAUAAUUCAUGAUAAUGGAUUUUCUGAUAAUGAUUUGUUGUCUAAAAGAAAUUUAGUUUAUGGAAAUGUUAUUCAAGAACAUUGCCGAUUAAUACAUGCAAUAAUGGCUAAACAUGCAGAAACUGAACCAAUGAGAGAACAUAUUUAUGUUGCUUUAAAAGAAUUAUGGACAGAUAAAGGAGUCCAAUCUGCAAUGAGUAGAAAAUCAGAAUUUUAUGUUCCAGAUUGUGCUCAACAUUUUUUGGAUUCCCUUGACAGAAUUAAUGAUCAAAAUUAUAUCCCGACAACACAAGUUUGUGAUAUUCUUUUCCUUAGAGUAGCUACAAUGGGGGUAAUUGAAGUUAGAUUUCAAAUUAAAGAAAAAAUUUGGAGAGUAUUUGAUGUUGGGGGGCAACGUUCACAAAGGAAAAAGUGGAUACAUUGUUUUGAUGAUGUUAGAGCUUUAAUUUUUGUAACGGCAAUGAGUGAAUUUGAUCAAGUUUUAAUGGAAGAUGGAACUACUAAUCGUUUACAAGAAUCCUUACAAUUAUUUAAGCAAGUUUGUAAUAAUAAAUAUUUUAUUGAAACUUCUAUAAUUCUUUUUUUAAAUAAAAAAGAUUUAUUUGCUGAAAAAAUGGGGCAAGGACGUUCUUUAAGGAUUGCUUUUAAAGAAUUUAAUGGUCCAGAUAAUUACGAAUCAAGCUCUAGAUAUAUCGAAAAGAAAUUUUUUAUGGCAAAUGAAGUCCCUAAUAAAUCAAUUUAUUGCCACCAUACUUGUGCAACAGACACAAAACAAGUCCAAUUUGUUCUCGAUUCUACACUUGAUGUUAUUUUAAGUUCAAAACUAAAAGGAUGUGGAUUAUAUUAAAAAUAAUAAAUAUAUACAUAUAUAAAUUUCUCUCUAUUUUUAAUUUAAAAUAUUUAAUUACCGUAAAUUUUAAAAACAGUGGG